GAAAAAAUGCCUCCGAGGAAAAACAAACUUCCAGUUCCUAUGCCUGAAGGUUGGAUAGUGACUGACACGAGCAAAAAAAGUUGGAAGUUGGGCAAAAAGCUUGGCCAGGGAGGAUUUGGCUUAAUCUAUUUAGCCUCACCUGCUUGUGAUGCACCAGUCCGUGAUGACGCUGCUUACGUCAUUAAAGUGGAAAAUCAUCAGAAUGGACCAUUGUUUUGUGAACUGAAAUUUUAUCAAAGAGCAGCAAAACAAGAUGAUGUUACAAAAUGGAUUCAGAGCCACAAACUGGAUUAUUUAGGAAUUCCGAGGUACUGGGGAUCUGGGGAGACGACAUUCAAUUUAAUAAGUUACAGAUUCAUGGUUAUAGAUCGCCUUGGUUCAGAUUUGCACAAUUUACAGAAAAGUAACAGUGGCAGAUUGCCACUUCAAGCAGUAAUGCAAGUUGGCGUACGUAUGUUGGAUGUUCUAGAAUACAUACAUGAACAUGAGUACGUGCAUGGUGAUAUAAAAGCAGGAAAUAUUCUCUGUCACGUAACAGAUCCCAGCAAGGUUUAUCUUGCAGAUUAUGGACUUUCUUACAGAUACUGCCCUGAUGGGAAACACAAAGAAUAUAAAGAAGACCCAAGAAAAUGCCACAACGGGACACUUGAGUUUACCAGCUUAGAUGCUCACAAGGGGGCCGCCCCGUCCAGACGAGGAGAUCUGGAAAUUCUUUCUUUCUGUAUGCUGCAUUGGUUAUCUGGGAGAUUACCCUGGGAUCAGGACUUAAAGUUUCCUUCCACCGUCCAGAUUGCCAAACAAAAGCUUAUGGACGAAGUUCCGAGUUCAGUCACUGCAUGGUUGGGUCAAGAAGAUGGAUGUAAUGAUGUAGCCAAGUUUAUGGCUGAAGUCAGAACUUUACUGUACAGUGUGAAGCCAAAUUAUAAAGGACUGAAGGAAAUCCUGCUGAAGGCUCUAGAGUCUGCUGGAACCAGACUUAGUGCACCGCUUAUUUUCUCUCAUCAGAAUUCCACCUCGAGAAGGCCCACAGCUCCUAAGAUAAAGGUUGAAGUGCUAAAACCACAUCAGAAUAAGAUGAAGGAUGGAGAAGACCACAGCAUACAGCCGAAAAGCUUGAACUUGCCAAAACCACGUCAGUUACAGAAAACACCGAAGGUUAAGAAAACAAAUGCAGUAGACUUGGUCAACGGCCAGGAUGAACAUCAGACACAUUUUGUUGGCAAUGACAACAAUGGAAAAUCUAGUAAAGUGCAAAGAACAAGUCCAAUGGAUUUGCAAGCAGAAAUUGUUGGUAUUGAUAAACCAAAGGGUGCAGUCAACGUUCACGCUGCACAAAAGUACAAAAUUUCGGUCAGAAAUCCAUGCUCUCAAAAAGACAAGACCUACUGGGAAGAAAGGGAAGCUCCCCUAGAAGACCCCAGUUCUCAGUACCAGGACUGGAAAGGCAAGGCCUACUGGCAAGAAGAGGAAGUUCCCCUGGAGGACGCCAAUUCUCAGCAUCGGGACUGGAAUGGCAAGGGAUACUCGGAAGAAAGGGAAACUUCUUUAGAGGACCAGAAAUCUCAGCACCAGGACUGGAAAGACAUCUAUAAAUAUGGACUCACAAUUCCAAUCCUUUUACUAAUGAUCUACUUGGCAAUAAAUGGCUUGAAAUAA